CUUGCAGCAGAGAGAGUGUAGUGCUCAGGCGAGACAAAGAUGGCGGCGAUGGCGGGGGAAGCAGCGUGAUAUGCUGGGGGAGUUUAGUGGCACACGGACCCGAGUAACAACGCUCCACAAACCGGCCAUCAGGUACCAUGGACGUCAUGUCAGAGUAGGCGACCGAGCUUGGAAGCACUUACCGUUAAACGAGAGCGCUUUGUCCGCGACAGGACGGCCAUCUUUCUGCUGAAGGAGACGGAGGGGAAAAGAAAAUCAUCUCACCGGGAGCAUGGCUGCGCACGGCAACCAGUACAUCUUCGGGGAGUUCAGCCCGGACGAGUUCAAUCAGUUCUUUGUGACGCCUCGCUGUUAUGUUGAGCUUCCCCCCUUCAACGAGAAAGCCUCCUGUGUCACUCACAACUCAGGAGGUUACUGCACUGUUGAUGUGCCGUACAUUACGGAAUCAAUGAGACGGCAGGUCUGCGGAGAGGACUACCAGCACAUCGAGUUUGGCGUGGACGAGGUGAUUAGUUCGGAGCCUGUGGUGGUGAAAGACUCCUUGUGCAAAGUGUCCAGCACUCUGAACCCUCAGGCUCCGGAGUUUAUUCUGGGCUGCCAGCCGGCUCAGAAACCUCUUCCCGCGGCCACCCAGGUCUCCGGUGUCUCGCACGGGGCCGAUUUCAACUCCGUGGACUGUGCCGACUCGGAGCCUUCCACCCUGGACGGCCAGCAGGCCUGCUCCGACCUGGACGGCAUCUCCAGUGGCCUGGGUCAGCGAGAGCGCAAGAAAAAGAAAAAACGACCUCCGGGAUACUACAACUACCUGGAGGGCUGCGAGAGCGGCGGUGCGGCGGUAGACGGCGUGGCUGGCACGGGGCUGGUGAACGGACACGGCCUCAGCACUCCAGCCUUGGGGUCAGAGGACGCUGGGACUGAUCUGACCCCUUCUACACUUUCUUCCACAUCAUCCACAGGUCAGCCUGGCCCUCCCACCAAUCAGAGGACUUGUGACAGCCCUGAUGAAUCCUCUGUGGACUUGACGAGCGGAGCCGCCUCUUUGUUGGACAGUAAUGCCGCGGCUUCCUCCUCCUCCUCCUCCUCCUCCUCCUCCUCUUCCUCUUCUUCUUCCUCCUCCUUCCAGAGCGGUGGCCAUGCUGAAGGGGCCAGGACUGCAGAGCAGCACUCAGAACCCCUCGCUCUAGAGAGCCCUGAACUGCAGGGCAGUGAAGGGAACGUCCCCUGCCCAACCUCCUCACCUUCUCCCCCCCCUUCUGCUGCUGUGCUCACCGCCGAUCCUGCUACUACUGAUGAGGACGAGCGCCAGGCUAACGGGACGACGGAGCAGUCGCCUGCCACCAGACUCGACAUGGCCGAUACUUCGGCGGGCGCUGCUCCGGUCACGUCCCCCACGGACUCAGGGGUCCAGGCACCUUCGCUUUCUCCGCUCUCUCCUGCCACGGCGCCUGUCCCCAACACCCCCAAAUCCUGGGCUAGUCUCUUCCACAACUCCAAGCCUUUGCCUGGAGGCCCUCAGGCAUACGUGGAGGUGAAGGCCGCAGCUGUCGCGGUGACUGCGGCUCCCACCGCUGCCGCUGAGCAGCCAGAGAAACAGUGUGACGUCCGGGAGGGACCCGUUCCUGUCUCGGAAGACCCUAUGGCACCAAAACUGGCAGAACUUAUCGAGAAUGUGAAGUUGAUACACAAGCCUGUGUCUCUGCAACCCAGAGGACUGAUCAACAAAGGAAACUGGUGCUACAUCAAUGCCACCCUGCAGGCGCUGAUCGCAUGCCCGCCCAUGUAUCACCUGAUGAAGUCCAUUCCCAUCUUCAGUGAAUCACAAAGAUCCUGCACCUCCACGCCCAUGAUGGACAACUUUGUUCGGCUCGUGAACGAGUUCAGCAACAUGCCCGUUCCUUCAAAGGCCAAACAACAAGCUGCAGGAGAGAAGAUGAUAAAAGAUAUCAGACCAGGUGCUCCCUUCGAGCCUACGUAUAUCUACAAACUCCUCACGCUCAUUAAAUCCAGCCUCUCGGAGAAGGGUCGUCAGGAGGAUGCAGAGGAGUAUCUGGGCUUCACGCUGAACGGACUGCACGAGGAGAUGCUGGCGCUCAAGAAACUCGUUUCUCCACUGGACGAGAAAGCGUCCACACCGAACGGCCCGGGUUCUCACGUGGGCACCGAGGAACCUGUGAGCAAGGAGGAGGGGGAGGACGAGGGGGGCAGCGAAGACGAGUGGGAGCAGGUGGGACCCAGGAACAAAACCUCCAUCACCCGGCAAGCAGAUUUCAUCCGCACGCCCAUCACCGACAUAUUCGGAGGACACAUCAGAUCGGUGGUGUACCAGCAGAGCUCCAAGGAGUCCGCUACGCUCCAGCCGUUCUUCACCCUGCAGCUGGACAUCCAGUCGGAGAAGAUCCGCACGGUGCAGGAGGCUCUGGAGACCAUGGUGGCUCGCGAGUCAGUCCAGGGCUAUACCACUAAAACCAAGCAGGAGAUCGAAAUCAGCCGAAGAGUGACUCUGGAGGAGCUUCCUCCUGUGCUCGUGCUCCACCUCAAGAGGUUUGUCUUCGAGAAGACCGGCGGCUGUCAGAAGCUGGUGAAGAACAUUGAUUACCCUGUGGACCUGGAGAUUAGCAAAGAUCUCCUCUCACCGGGUGUUCGGAGCAAAACUUUGAAAGGCCAAAGAACCUACAGGCUCUUUGCAGUCGUCUAUCACCAUGGGAACAGCGCCACAGGCGGCCAUUACACUACGGACGUCUUCCACAUCGGGCUGAAUGGCUGGCUGCGCAUCGACGACCAGGUGGUGAAGGUGAUCAACCAGUACCACGUGGUGAAGCAGACUGCAGAGCGCACUGCCUACCUGCUUUACUACCGCCGUGUCGACCUGCUGUAGAAACCACACGCACACACACACACGCUUUCUAACACAACACACUCACACGCCUCAACAGGAACACUGCCCAACUUUUUCUCAUGUGAGUUUCCUCCUCCCCUCAUCAUCCCUCGCUUUCACACACGUGCACACACACACACACACACACACACACACACACACACACACACACACAGAGCCGGCUUUUUCACGUUUCCGUCAUCAUUUGGAGGAAGAGGGAAAAAUUCAUUUUGAAUCUGGUAUCUAAAGACAUCCACAAGGUGGCGCUCCUUCCUGCGAGUUUAGUUUCGAGACGGACGCUACGGUGUGACGGAGAUUCCACGGUUGGAGGUGGACACGACGGCCAGAGACGCUUUAACCCUCCCAUGGUUUCGGUCUCGGACUGCACUCUCUCUCUCUUUUUGUUUAAUCUACUUUUUUAAUGGCUUAGUGUGUGAGAGAACAAUUUGCGUGUUUUGCCUUUUAGCGAAGGGAUUGGACAGACGUUCUGCCGGAUGAAACUUUUUUUUGAUGCACCAGCAAAUAUUUGACACACGAAACUGCGUCGAUCAGCAGAACGUCACUUUCCUUCAGAAUCCCCACGACGCAAGACACUCUACCGCCUGCUCUACCGCCGUCGCCUCCUCUCUCCUCUUCCUCCUUCCUUUCUUCCUGUUCUUUUGUCUCUCGUCUGUUCAUGAUCUCGACACUCAGGCCUAGCUGAGCGAGGAAAAAAACAAAAAAAACACUGGAGCCAUCGGAUUAUAAAGGAGACCGGGAGCGAAGGAGUCGCGGAGCUGCAGUGGGGAGACAUGAAAUUUAAAAAAAAAAAAAAAAGUAUUUUCUUUUUUUGUUUUUUGUUUGUUUUGCGAGAACCCUGGGUGUGGUUUCUGGGUGUAGAAUUAGACUGAUUUAACAAUUUUAAUGCGCUUUAGAACAUAAAAAAACGAUGAUUUACGAGGAAGAAAAAGAAAACAGCUUAUGUGCACGCAAACCCUUUGAAAAUUUGACCAAUAAAAGUGAAAUAAACAAAACGCGCAGCCAAAUAUAUGCACAUCUUUCACUGUCCGCUCGCCCGAGGGGAAAGUGUGUGUGUGUGUACGCCGGAGACGAAGCGACCUUUUUACCAUCAAAAUUUCAUUUAUAAUUGUACAUCAUUUAAAGGGGGUGUGUCCGUGGGGUGCGUCUCAGUCGGGCUCAUCCUGCGCCUUCGUUUUAGAGGAGGAAGCCGCAGUUAAUCCGCAUCCCUGUUCGGCCGCCUCGGCCUCUUGGUACUGUAUUGUUUUUUUUGUUGUUGGGCGACGAACUUUUCAGUAACCAGCUGGGAAUCCCGCAUGGCUAUACGAGCUAAUAAACCCCCUAACGAGUGCACACACACAAUCAUGUUCGCUUUUGUUUCAUUGACCAUUCAUCAUGCUUAUACACUGAUUGUAUUGAUUUAUUUUUUUUUUGUUCUUGUUGUUGUUACUUUUUUUUCCUCAUUAUCCUUUUUCCCUGAACUUAGAUUUUUAUUUUUUGUUUGUUUUUUUUCCAACCAAAUUGAUUUUGAAUUGAGAAAAAAAUUUGACCCGACAUAAAGCACAAUAACAAAUAAAGUUCUACGAUGGAUCAUA